UUGAAACUACGUCAGGCAGUAGGCGGCUCUGCAGACUCGCCAUCGAAGAGGAUAUCGGAUACUGGGGGGAUGCUACGUCCACGUCCACUUCGUUCAGUGGCCAUUCGACGACCGGCUACAACGCUAACACAUCCGCCUGCCACUCACAUACCACGAAGGAAACCUGCAAGUUUCAGAGAUUUAGACAAACCAACAACCUCUACUUUACGACGCUCGUCUGCUCUCGACAGUUCGUUUUGCUGCAAAUUUGAAAUCAUUUGCUUGGAUUCAUUAUUUUGCAUUAUUACUGCAAUUUACUUACGAUUAGUGAUGAUCAUCAAUAAGCCAUCGGGUCCACGAAAACUGCUGUCAGGCAUCCAGCAUCGUGCUGCCCUACGCAAUCAGCCAUCAUCUUCAUCAGGAACAACCUCAUCGCCACUUCUGAGCCGACGUCAAUCGGUGAAUCGCGCAGCAUUGGUGGCUCGUAAACGAAAUUCUGGUGGUAGCACCUCAAGCACAUCGCCAUCUGCAUCGAAAGCCUCCUCGACGGCUGCUACUGCUGCUGCGUCUACCAGCCGUGUGUCAUCACCAAAAACUGAAAUUUUAAAACGACUGAACACGUCCAGAGUUGGAACGCUACGUAGUGGCGUUGAUAAUCGUUAUCUUAACAUAAUGAAGGUAAAUGUGAAUAGUUUAUUCAUGAAUGAGAAAAAAAUAAAAGGUAAUUCGGAAAAAUCGGAAAAUGAAAAGCAAUUGGUUGGCGGAGCAAUGGCCAAAAAGACCGUAUCGAAUAGUGUGAAUACAAGUGCUGUAACGAAAAGUAGCGUAGCAUCAACAUCGAAGGGUACACUAUCGAAAGCAGAAGUCGCUCGUCAACUAAAGCGACUAAUGGAUCGCGUAUGUGAAGAUGAUUACGCGAAAUAUCAGGUGUUGGAUGAACGUGAUAAAAUAAUGUGCAGAGGACGUGUGAAGAGCGCUGAUGUCGAAAAUGCCAUCGUUACACAGGGUACUUGUGCGGAUAUGUGCCCAGAGAAGGAACGUUAUCAGCGAGUUGUACAGAAACGAUUGAGUGUUUACGAAUGUGAUGAAAAUGGUGUGAUGUUGCCGGAACUGACGGUUAAAGAUUACAGCAGAAGUGCGGCUGAUCAGGAGGAACCUCUGAGCCACGAGCUGCGGCCGUCGGAUGUACUUGAACGAACGAUGAAUUACUUGCUUAGUAGGGUGGCUGAAAAUAUUCCAACAAAAGACGAGGAACUUGCGCAGUGGUAUGAUUUCCUGUGGAAUCGGACUCGGGCCAUCCGAAAGGAUCUAACUCAACAAAUGCUAAUCAACAAUACGGCUGUGAAACUGAUUGAGCAAUGCGUCCGUUUCCAUAUAUUCGUAUCGCAUCGUCUUUGUGAACUCGGUCUGAAUGAAUUUGACCAAAGAAUGAAUACGGAAAACCUCACGAAAAGUCUUCAAAGUUUACGAUAUUUGUACGGAGAUUUGGCAAAGAGAGGUUCGCGGUGUCCAUCUGAAGCCGAAUUUCGUGCAUAUGAUGUCCUGCUGAAUCUGAGUGAUUCCAAUAUACUUCGAGAGGUUCUGACUUAUCGACGCGAUAUCCGAGAGUCACCAGAAGUUCGUUUAGCGCUUCGACUCUUUUCGUCAUUUCAAAGUGGUAAUUACGUUCGAUUCUUCCGAAUGUUGAAAGAGAAAGGGACAUAUCUACAGUGCUGCAUAUGUCAUCGUUAUUUCGACAAUGUUCGUACGAAGGCGUUGUAUGUGCUGACGAGUUCAUCGCACGAAUCGCACAGAUUGGGCAAUAUGGUUCUCAGAUCGACGACGACGAAUCGGUACCCGCUCGUGAAACUAGCAGAACUGUUGGGUUUCGACGAUAUCACACAAGCGAGCACCACACUCGGUCUGCACGGUGUUUAUUUGGACGGUGAUAAUAACGAGCAAAAUGUAAUCCUUUCGAAAACUAAUUUCUAUUUUCCCGAUGAACCGAUUCCACCGAGAAUACACGCGUGGAUUGAGGCAAAACGCGGUACGGCUGCAGUUUCCGAGGUUCUGAGCGGAGGUGAACGCCUCAGUGUGGAACUGCCACGAGCAAUAGUUUCAUUUGAUCAAUCCGGUGCAUAUAUCUAUGAUCCUGUGCUGAAUGCAUAUCUUAUGGAUGCGCAAAGUGAAGCAAUCAUAAAAUCCGAAGCUGAUGAGAUGAGUGCUUCAGCAGCCGCCAAAUCGGCUUUUCCACCAGAAGAUCGUCCGAGAAUGGAACUCCCGAAACCUGUCAACGAUUUGAAGCCAUUUAGCGCACCUUCGUUCGAAAUGCCGUCGGUGUUGAAAACGGAACCGAGAUUAAUGGUAGAUAAUCGUAAAAUUGGAUCAGAAAACGCAUCUCUGUCACCAUUUUCGGGUAAAAUCCCGCUAACGCUUCCCUCGGAUACUUUUUCGAGUGCAACUUUCAGGCCGCGUUGUCAAGAGGUACUGAUGUCGUUGAAAAUCUUGCAUCGUCACAAACAAGCACAAAAAGCGAAUGAGAAUCGAAAGAAGAUGAUCCGCGAUGUGAUGGACGAAAUUUUGAUGAGAUUAACAGAUGAGGUGAUUAUUGCCGUGGCGGACAAAGGUGCUCGUAAAGCAAUGAGGCUUGCUCAUCAUGAUCGUUUUUUGAAUGUGAUAAGGGAGACUUCAACAAAAGUGAGUGAGAAUAUUCUUGGAGAAGUUAUCAAUACGGAAUUGAACGCGUUGUGUGCGUUGUCGAUGAAGGAGAAUGUUUAUGAUGUGAAAAGUCGUUUGCAUCAAAUCGCACAAAAUCUUGAUAGGUUCGUUAAUAAAUUAUUGAGUUUAUAUUGCUGUUGCUGUUGGAUUGCUAUUGAAUGUUUUAGGCUGUGGCUUAAACAAUUUUUCGAUACGUGGCGAAAUUCAGUGAAGAUUAAACGUGAACGAGAGCGCAAGCAAUAUGAAAUUUUGGCUGCAUUUCCUAGUGUGCCACCAGGUGAUAUCAUCCAGUACAUUUCAGCAUAUUCAAUGUUGCGCAUCAAGGGUCACAAUUUACUUGAAAAACGUUCGAUUCCACAGGAUUUCAGUUCGAUUCUAAUUGAACAAAAAGUGAAUCGAAUCCAAGAGAAGCGGCGGGAACGAAUCGUAAAGCAAGCGUUCGAUCAUUGGAAGCAAUGGACAGAAUUACGCAUCUGUAGAAAUAAAUUCGCAAAGGAGUUCAGUAUGCAGCCCUCGACAAUGAUCCAGUUCCGUAAGCGAUCAUGGAAACAAAUUUCGAGAAAUUCCCCGUCGGACCCAUUCGGAUUCCGAGAAGUCCUUCAAAAUCAAAUGGAAAUGGAACGAAGGAAAUUCGGACCUCGGUUAAGCGAUUUAGAACCUAUGAAAGAAUCUGAAUCGAAUUUUCCGUCGUCCUCUGUAGCGCCUUACUUGAGAACACCACUCGUAACAAGUACACCAAUGGACAAUAAUUCCUUUAUACAGCCAAAAUUAAAUGGUAAUCACAUCUGGGUCAAAGAACUCUCUUGCAUUGCGAUGACUCCGUUGAAUCGAUUGUCUUCGAGUCAAAGAAGUUUUCUUAGCCGAACACAGACCUCUCAUUUACGGCCGUCGCGGAGGUCAUUGCCCGAUUAUUCGUCGAUAAUGCCUCAAACGGACAGCGAUGUUAAGCCAAAUCCGUUGAAAGAGAUCAGUAAACAAGUGGACGAUUUCUUACAAGAAUUGGAGAAAGUAUCAUCGAAAAUCGUUAAAAGUUAUCAUCAAUCAAAAGAGAUUCUAAAUGAAAGUGCAUAA